CUGAAGCACAAUAACUACCAUUCUGCUGACUUAGACUGACGGAUUGCCUUCUUCUCUGCAUUUCUUCUAUCUUCUUUUCCCUUCUCUCCUUCCGUGACCGAACGGAGGCACCAUGGACAGGUUUGUUAGGAGGCCGAGGCAUCACUCCCAGUGGGAUGACAGCAGAGACUUAACAUGCGCUAGAUUGUUUCUCCCCUUUACAAUAUGGAUUUGUGUUUGCUUGAGCUUGAGAUAUGGGUAUUACGGGUCUUCCCAAUUGGUGCUUGGCCCUAAUUCGUCAAGGCUGCUGAAGGCGAGCUCAGUUUUUGUGAAGCAAUUGCAGGUGAAGGAUGAUGCAGAAAGAGGGCUCAUGCUUUUCGGAUUCACUGAGAAACCAGAACUGAGUUAUGAAGCUAAUUGGACAGUUUCCAAGUCUCUCUUCAUUCCAGCCUACCGUCGCCAGGGAUUCUCGGUUUGGUUAAACCAAGGUUCGUCAAUUCGAGCAAGAUGGAACGUUCCGGCACCGGCACCGGCCAUCAGUGAGCCCCUCGUCGUCUUGCUUCGAGGUGAAAAGAACUACCGGCGGUGGCUGCGAGACCCAAAAAAAGCUCUUGUGGUCGACUCCCGUCGUCUAACUAAUGGGCGAGGAGAAGUGAACUACACGGUGGAAGAAGAUGACAACUACUACAUCGGGGCCGUCAAUGUGAACUCAAGAACCGUGAAGGCCACGAUGACCGUCGAUAUCUCGUCCAUGGUGUAUAACACGAGCAAAGCAGAGACCCGGUGCUCGACCAAGAACGGGCUGUGUAGCCUCAGGCUCCUCUUUCCCAAAACUCGAUAUGCAGUCCUCACUACUCCGAAGGACAUGACGGAUGAUACCAGUGCUUGGUACGUGGAGCUCUCAUAUGCGGCUCGAGUGGUCACGUACAUUCUAGUUUUAGGUCUCUUCGUUGUACUCAUAUAUUUGUUUCUGAAGUACUUUGGAGCCAUAGAAUCCGAAAGAAUAGUAAAUGUGCAAGAAACUAGAGAUCAACGUGAAACCAGUCCUUUGGUCGAUCCUAAGCAGACGGCCGUAACUCUGUAUGGCGCUACCGACGAGGACGAUGACUCUCAAGUUGGCAGCUCCUCCGAGGAUCUAUACGACGGAAAAAUAUGUGUGAUUUGUUAUGAAGAGCCGCGCAACUGCUUCUUUGUUCCGUGUGGCCACUGUGCUACUUGUUACAGCUGCGCUCAAAGGAUAGAGGGUGUUGAUUUCAAGCCAUGUCCCAUUUGUCGAAGGCAGAUUCAUAAAGUGAGAAGGCUGAUCAGUUCCUGAGAGAAUUUUCGUCCCGCAUGUGUUCCGCAUAUAACAUUCUAUUUCAUCACCUGUAUGUUUCGCUUGGUUCUCCUUUCCUUCUACCUGCAUUUUUACCCCCUUGAGAACCAAGUUAAAGUUUAUGUUCAAUUCUCAGUCGACAUAUGAGGUCAUACCUAGUAUUUCUCCAUUAAGGAUGUAAGAUGGACUUCAAAUACCGUGAGUUCACUGUGGACAAUCACGCAGGGUGGGAUUUGGCAAUUGCUUCUUCAUGACUCCUGAAGUCAGUCGUCGUACGGUCUCUCUGAGAACAGGAAGAUGUAGUCGAAAGUGCUGUGCUUAGUCAUUUAUUGAAUAAAGAGAUCAAAUUCUUGUAGCGCUUAAAGAAAAAAAAAAAGAAAAAAAAAUAUAAAUCUUCCAGAUU